AUGACUCUUAGUCAUAUACACACGUCCUUCCAACUCAUCUCCCACGAAUCACGCCUGGAGUUUCUCCGGGAGAACUGGGAUUUCUGGGGUCCAGGUGUCUUUUGGCCAGAGGAGAAGUUUCGUCCAAAGGACCCUAACGCGCGGGACCUCGUUUACUUCAUGACCAAACUAACGACGGUAUUCCUCUUGUUGCAUCGACCCUUGCGGAAGAUAUGGGAUUCCGGGGAGCAGUUCCAUGGAGUUUUGCGAAACGCAUACCGAAUAAUUGAGUCGGACGAGACGAAAUCGGAAAAUGACACUUGUCCUCUAACGACAAUACAUAUCGUCUACGCUCUGGACCAGGCCGUGGUCCUGUGGCGCAUAGCCUGUCUCCCUAAUGCACCAGAGCUGCAAUCACAUGAUCCAUGUCACUUGAGUUCUGCCGUACUCCCGACUCCACGUAUUCACACCCCCGAGUCGCACGACAGCUGGGCCAUUGAGGAAUCGCGUCCGGAAAGAAAUUCGAAGGGAAAGAACUCUAAGGGUAAAAAUGUCGCUUCCAAUUCUCGGGCGUCCUUGGUGGUCGAAAUCCCAUCCUCCUGCGGAGUCGGGGAACCUUAUGACCUGAAUGAACCCGGUAGUCAAGAGGAAGGUCAGAAUUCCACCGUGGCGGUUCUCUUGGCUGGCUCCGAUGUGGAGCUGUCCACUGAGCAGGCCAAUAUUUCUCAGCCUGUUCGCGAAGGAGGAGCUACACGACCGACUCCUAAGCCCAGCACGGCCGUAACGCCCCCCAGGAGCUCGACAAUUCCAAAGUUGGGAAAGAGUAGUGCCGUGCGCAAGUCGGGCAAGGAUCGGAAGCGCAAGUCCUCGUUUAGCAAGCCUGCCGAACCGUCGACGCAGGAAGACAGUUCCAUGAGCAACGCUGUGACGCCAUCUAAACCGAGGGCUAAGAAGAGAAAGAUCUCCGAGGCAGAAAGCCACUACCCAGGUGAAUGUUCGCAACCCAGCAGUCAGCAGCCAGGGCAAAUCAAGCCAUCAUCUCCCGGUCAGCAUCUUCCUACCCAGGAAGAUUCAUCUGCCGCCAACGUCAAAAAUGCACCCAGUGCAGCCUCGACACCUCGAGGUAAACGGGGUCGAGCUCAGACGACCGCGGUGGCGAGGCCAUCCGUCGAAGACGUGACGGAGUCUGUUUCGCCUGAUAACAAUAAGAUACAGACUCGUGACAAGAAGCUUGUGACCCUCGACAAGCUCUGUCAAAGUAUGGAAAACGAUGUUCGAUACCGCAGUACAGAGGAGAACGAAUUGAGGUUUAAAUUGCAAAGGCUUAGGGAGGAAAUUGAGGAUCUCAAGAGAGCAUUGUAA